CUGUCGGGGGAAGAUAUGGAUGAGGACAAAAGCAGGAGAGACUCGAUUAGGAUGAGUAUGAAGGGAUGCAGGACGAAUAAUGGGUUUGUCCAAAAUGAAGACAUCCCAGAGCAGGACCCAGACCCAGGCUCCGGGGACACCCCACAGCCCAACGCAGUGAGCAUCACAGCUGCGGAGGAGCCAGAGGGCAAGUGUGUGCGUCCCUAUGCCGGGAUGCCCAAAGAGGUGCUGUUCCAGUUCUCCAGCCAGGCGCGCUACCGCGUGCCCCGGGAGGUCCUCUUCUGGCUCACGGUGGCCUCUGUGUUCCUGCUCAUUGGAGCCACCAUAACUAUCAUCGCCAUCUCUCCAAAGUGCCUUGACUGGUGGCAGGUGGGUCCCAUGUACCAGAUCUACACGAGGUCUUUCAAGGACAGCGACAAUGAUGGGAAUGGAGACCUGAAAGGUAUUCAAGAUAAACUGGAUUACAUCACUACUUUAAAUGUAAAAACUGUUUGGAUUACUUCCUUUUAUAAAUCAUCCCUGAAAGAUUUCAGAUAUGGUGUUGAAGAUUUCCAAGAAAUUGAUCCGAUUUUUGGAACAAUGAAAGAUUUUGAGAAUUUGGUCGCAGCCAUACAUGAUAAAGGUUUGAAAUUAAUAAUCGAUUUCAUACCAAACCAUACCAGUGACAAGCAUGCUUGGUUUCAAUUGAGUAGGACACGGAGCGGGAAAUAUACUGAUUACUAUAUCUGGCAGGACUGCACUCAUGAAAAUGGCAUAACCAUCCCUCCCAACAACUGGCUAAGUGUGUAUGGAAACUCCAGUUGGCACUUUGAUGACGUACGGGAGCAAUGCUAUUUUCACCAGUUUUUGAAAGAGCAACCUGAUUUAAAUUUCCGAAAUCCCGCCGUUAAAGAAGAAAUAAAAGAAAUAAUAAAGUUCUGGCUAUCAAAAGGUGUUGAUGGUUUUAGUUUUGAUGCUGUUAAAUUUCUCCUGGAAGCGAAGGAUCUAAGAAAUGAAAUCCAAGUAAACAAGUCCCAGGCUCCGGACACGGUUACCAACUACUCAGAGCUGUACCAUGACUUCACCACCACACAAAUGGGAAUGCAUGACAUCGUCCGGGACUUCCGGCAGGCCAUGAACCAGUACAGCAGGGAGCCUGGCAGAUACAGGUUCAUGGGGACUGAAGCCUUUGCAGAAAGCAUCGACAGAACCAUGAUGUACUAUGGGUUGCCGUUCAUCCAAGAAGCUGAUUUUCCUUUCAACAAUUACCUUACCACACUAAACACUCUUUCUGGGAACACUGUGUAUGAAGUUAUCAUGUCCUGGAUGGAAAACAUGCCAGAAGGAAGAUGGCCCAAUUGGAUGGUUGGUGGGCCAGAAACUACCCGGCUGACUUCUCGUCUGGGGAACCAAUAUGUCAACACCAUGAACAUGCUUCUUUUUACACUUCCGGGAACACCCAUAACUUAUUAUGGGGAAGAAAUAGGAAUGGGAAAUAUUUUUGUUACAAAUUUCAAUGAGAGCUAUGAUAUUAAUACCCUUUUCUCAAAGUCACCAAUGCAGUGGGACAAUAGUUCAAAUGCUGGCUUUUCUGAAGGCAAUCACACCUGGCUACCUACCAAUUCUGACUACCAUACUGUGAAUGUUGAUGUCCAAAAGACUCAGCCUAGUUCUGCUUUGAAAUUAUAUCAAGAUUUAAGUCUACUCCGAGCCAAAGAGCUGCUUCUCAGCAGGGGCUGGUUUUGCCUUUUGAGGAACGACAGCCACUCUGUUGUAUACACCAGAGAGCUGGAUGGCAUAGACAAAGUCUUUAUCGUGGUUCUAAACUUUGGAGAAUCAUCAACACUGCUAAAUCUACAGGACUUGAUUUCAGGUCUUCCUUCAAAACUGAGAAUAGGAUUAAGUACCAAUUCAACCUCCAAAGGCAGUGAAGUCGAUCCACGUGCUAUUUCUCUGGAGAAGGGAGAAGGACUCAUCUUGGAACACAACAUGAAGAAUCUCCUUCAUCAUCAAACAGCUUUCAGAGACAAAUGCUUUGUUUCCAAUCGAGCCUGCUAUUCCAGUACACUAAAUAUACUGUACAGUCUCUGUUAGGGACCUGCUGUAUUUUAAUUUUACAUACAGCACAAUGUUGAGUUAACUUUAUGCAGAGUCAGUAAUUCUCAGACAUUUCUGUAGCAUGACUAUCCCUGCUUUAGGAAAAGAGUCUCAAAUGUCUGAAGGAAUAAUAAAAUGUUUAAAAGAUUAUUCCAAAGUUCUAAAGCAUUUAAUAUGAAGACUGUUACCCUUUUCUUUAAAAUGGAAUCAUGAAAUUGGAAGGGGACUCACUGCCACAGUAUAAAAACAACAUUUACUAGCAAAGCGGAAGGACACUGAUUUGUAAA